AGCGGGGAAGCCCGGCCGCACUCGGAAGCUGCUCCUGCCCCGAGUGUGAGGCGGAGCUGCCCGAGGCUGGGGCUCCGCGCGUUCUCCGGGCUCCCGGGCGGCGCUGCGCGAUGGCGGAACAGGGAAUCCAGGCGCGCCGCGUCCUCUCCCCCGGCAGCCGCCUCCUGUUCCUCCUCACCUGCCUCUUCGUGCCCCUCCUCGGGGUGCCCGGGCCGGCCGGCAGAGCCACCGCCGCCAGGGGCAGCGCCCGGACCCCCUACACGGGUGUAUCAGAGCCUUCUUUUAUUGCUAAAAGUGAAGAUCGUUUGUUUAAACACUUAUUUCAAGACUAUCAAAAAUGGGUUCGCCCAGUCCAACGUUUGAAUGACACAAUAAAAAUAAAGUUUGGUCUUGCGAUCUCUCAGUUAGUGGAUGUGGAUGAGAAAAAUCAGUUGAUGACAACAAAUGUUUGGCUGAAACAGGAAUGGAUAGAUGUAAAAUUAAGGUGGAAACCUGAAGACUAUGCUGGAAUAACAUCUAUUCGUGUCCCAUCAGAGUCUAUCUGGAUUCCAGAUAUUGUGUUGUAUGACAAUGCAGAUGGUCGUUUUGAAGGAACAGCUACAAAAACAGUAGUAAAAUAUGAUGGGACCGUUGCUUGGACUCCCCCAGCAAACUACAAAAGUUCUUGUACCAUAGAUGUUACAUUCUUUCCAUUUGACCUCCAAAACUGCUCCAUGAAAUUUGGUUCCUGGACCUAUGAUGGCUCACAGGUUGAUAUUAUUCUAGAAGAUUAUGAUGUUGACAAGAGAAAUUUCUUUGAUAAUGGAGAAUGGGAAAUAGUAACGGCAACAGGGAGCAAAGGGAAGAGAACUGAUGGAUGCUGCUGGUACCCAUUUAUUACAUAUUCAUUUGUAAUUAGACGGAUGCCUCUUUUUUACACACUGUUUCUCAUUAUUCCGUGUAUAGGACUUUCAUUUUUAACUGUCCUUGUCUUUUAUCUCCCUUCAAAUGAAGGUGAAAAAAUUGCUCUCUGCACUUCGGUACUGGUGUCGUUGACUGUCUUUCUUCUUGUUAUUGAAGAGAUUAUACCAUCAUCUUCUAAAGUUAUACCACUUAUUGGAGAGUACUUGGUGUUUACUAUGAUUUUUGUGACAUUGUCCAUUGUGAUAACCGUCUUUGCUAUUAAUAUUCAUCAUCGUUCCUCUUCUACUCACAAUGCUAUGGCACCUUGGGUCCGCAAGAUAUUUCUUCAUAAACUUCCAAAGAUACUUUGCAUGAGAAGUCAUGUAGAUAGAUACUUUGCUCAGAAAGAAGAAACUAGCAAUAUCAGUGGAUCAGAAUCAUCUAGGAACACCUUGGAAGCAGCUCUAGAUUCUAUCCGAUACAUUACAAGACAUAUCAUGAAGGAGAAUGACGUUCGCGAGGAAUUGCUUGGGCCAUGGAUUGCCACUCAGAUAUAAGGGGUGGAGUACUCUACUGGAUAUCACAUACUAAAUGGAAAGUCUUAUUUGCUGACUUAUGUGUUGAUAGAUGAUUGAAGAAUUGAUAAAACACAAUUCUCUCACUCUUUGGUUUCAGCCCCAAAAAACAUUAUUUACUAAAUAAAACACAAUUGGCUGAUUUAGUUUAAAAAGAGUACAAAAUCAAGGCAAAAUUAUGGUUUUAUGGAACUUUGGGGAAAAGAGUAUUUUUCUAAAAUGAAAUGCUAUCAAAACAACAAAAAAUACUAUUACUUAUCAAAAUGUUCACUGUUGUUGCAGAGUCACUCUAGUAAUAAGGUACUUCAAAAAGACUCUGUAGUCAGUUAGCAGAUCUUAAAGUUGUUUUUAAAAGGACAUAUUUUAUUGAAUGGUUAUUGAUAACUAUCAUAUAAUUCUGUAGAAAUAGCCAUUAAUUUACCAAACUAACUUAUUUCUAUGCAUCAAAUAUUAGUAUAGCAUACUUAAGUUUGUUUCCAUGCUUGGAUAGAGUCUUACUACAGAGGAACACAGAAAAAGACACUAUUACUAACCACGGUUUAAAAAAAAGUCCUCAUUUUUAUAUUGAAAAAUUCCAACCCUGGGUGUUGAAUUCUGAGUCUGUCUGAUGUAGUCUUCUGGCUCCCUUCUGAAGAAUGCUUUUAUUUAUUUAUUUAUUUAUUAGCCCUUAUGGUUGCAAAGAAAACCUUGCCUAAUGGGAACUUAUGUAACAUUGCCUUUUUCUGAACCUGUAGGCCUACUGCCACAGGUAAUUUUAAUGACAUGUCAACUCUGAAAUCUAAUAACCACCUUGAAAAUGUUUAGUUGUGUGCUUAAUUUGCAUGCACCACUACAGCAGUUGUGUGCGCAAAACUGAUAGACUGCAUGUACAAAUAAUCAUAUUAAAAAUGGCAAAGAAAUGGUAGUCCUGAAAAUGCCUUGCACAUUUUUUCCCUGAUGUGAUACUCAGUGCAACAAUAACGUUACUCACAAGUAGGUAUAGCUACUAUAGAAGAGCCAUAUUCUACCCUGAAUAUUUGUACAAGCCUCUGACUGAUCUCUGGGAAUUGUGCUGUAGAUUGAAGUUAGCAUGUUGCCCAAAAGGUCCAGUCCUCUGAGGUGUUGAAUACUUUCAUCUCCCAGGAAAUUGAAAGUGUUCAGCACCUUGCAGGGUCAGGCCCUGAUUCUUCGGCUGUAACUAAAGUAUUCGGCCCUCUUCCCAAAAUGAGUUUGACACCUUUGCUCUAACUCAAAGUGUAACAAUAGAAAGGUUUUGAAUGUUUAUGGA